AAAUAAGCUAAAAAUAGUAAACAAAUUAUAAAAAAAUAUUUAUUUGCGCGGGAAAACAGCUGGAUACAGUGCUUGCUAAUAUCGCCAUUGCAUCGCGGAGUUGCCACCUUGCAGCAAUCGAUAGUUGUUAUAUAUUUCAUAUCGAUAUUUUUUCAUGUCGUAUCUCGCUUGUGAUGUAGGGCGACGCGCUUCUCAUUGCCGCCAUUUGAAAUAAACGGAAAGCAGAGUACAAGUUUUAUACAAGUUUAUUAAUUAUUACAUUAUUUGUUAUAAGUGUGUAAGCAAAAUGGACGACUUACUGGACGUAAUGCAAGCUGUGUCCAAACUCCAUAUAGAAAUGGAUGCAAUACGCAAGACCCAUUUCGAGGAGUUGGACCAGUUGUUCUUUGGUAUCACUGCUGCCAUAGCUGAGGUGAAAAUCUCUGAAGUUGCCCCAGCCGCAUUGCCCAACAAUAGCAGCAGCAACAGCUCUAUCACUCCGCAGCAGACAAAGAAGCGAGCCAAGCGUUUGACAUCUUUAGCCGAGGAUGAUGGGGACGAUGUGUUAUCAAUUACAGAGAGCGUGCUCCCACAGCGGCAGAGCGCCCGCUUAAGUAAUGCCCAGCUACUGGCUGCAGCCGACGAAGAAGAGAAUGAAGAGGUGGUAAAUACCACAGGAUCGCUAAUGCCACCGCCGCCAGCGCCUGUAACAUCGGCAGCUGAAACCAGCUUGAGCAGUGGACGCCCGCAACGUGCUGCCAAGUUGCGGUCGGAGAAGAAUCUCAAGGAGCCGUCAUUAGUUGUAAAACUUCGUCAACCCAGCACAGAGGAUACGGUCAAGAUUAAGCUAGAGAGUGAGCAACGUACAUCACAAAUGCAUAAUUUAAAAUCAUUAAACACUACCACAGAAGAAGCUGUGGCUGCCAAUCCAUCUGCAGUCGAGGCAGUCGGGUCAAAGGCGAAGGAGAACGAGCUUUGCACCACAAAUUUGCGUGUGAAGGUCAAGCGUGAGAAAAUUAGCAACGACAGCACAGCAACAACAACAGCUACACUUGAAUCCACAAAAACUGUCACAAACGAAACAACCAUACUUUCAACAACAGCCAACAGCACAACAACCUCAAAGAAAGCACGCAAAAAGAAGGAAACCCACAAGCCCAUUAAAGUGGAACGUCUUAGCGAUCUGGAUAAGAAUCUACCAAUUGCAUCGCGUACACGAUGUGGUAGCAAUGCCGCACGCAACUUGCAGGAGUCGCAAACAUCUGAUCCGCCUCAAUCUUCCAUCUACGAAGAUGCUGUGGAAGAUGUGCCCACUGCAACAGUAGCUGUUGUAAUGAAUGAAACUGUUAGCUUGCCCAAUGCCACAUUCAAUAUCAAUGUGCCCACAUCGAAUGCCACAAUGUGUCUGAGUGACAAUAUGGCAGGCAAUGCCACAUUCCAAGUCGAAUCCGAAAAGGAGAGCUCGAUGAAGACGGCGCGCGAGGAGAGCAGUUUGCCCGAAGAGGCACAGGAUAAUAGCUUGUUGACCGAGGACGAGUCGCUCCAUGCACCAGCCAACCAAAAAAUUCAUGAGCAACCAAUACCCAAAUCAAUAAAGGGCAUCAAGCUGCCAGCGCGCACGCACGAGCUGUUCAAUCCUUUGAUGCAGAGCCCCGUGAAAAUGCGCGUGGAGGCCUUUGAAAAUGCAGCUCAAGCUCAAAAUAAUCUUCGCUCCAGACGCAUUAAGGAAGCUGGUGUACAGGGUUCAAGCACAACUCCGGUCAUUGGCAAGUUACCGGCCCCAACGCUUGGACGUUUUCUGACGCCUACACAAAGCUCAAGCGCAAUGCUUGGGAACUCAGCGCAGUCCAAAAAGGCACCCAUGAGCGCAUGCAAGGCCACGACCUUAACGAAAACAGCGACAGGCACAAAUCUUAAAUCCACCAAUUCUGGUUCUAGUAAGACCUUAACACGUGAGAACAGUGGGGAUGAUUUUCGCAAGGGACUGCAUCAGCUGGCCGAGGAGCGUAAGAAGCAGCGGGAACAGAAGCAUCUGCAGGCAGCGCAGUUGCGCGAAGCUAAGGAGCGUGAGCGGGCUGAGCGUAUGGCUAAGCUAGCCAAAGAGCGAGAGGAGAAACGUCUAAAAAAACAGCAGGAGAAGGAAAAGCUGGAGGAACGCAAACGUCUGGAAAUGGAAGAACUACAACGCAAGUUGUGCCAACAAGAGGAAAUCGAACGGUUAAAGAAGGCGAAGGCCAAGGAACAGGAACGCGAGCUGCUGCAACAAAUGAAGCUGCAACAGCAAAUGCAGUCAGCCAAGUCAAAAAAAAUGAUGCCACCACCACCGAAAUCCAAAUACACGUUCGAAAUGCUACACGAGGAUGAUUCCACCGAUGAUGAGGGCAAGGUCUCCUACAAAAGACCACCGGUGCCUACCUGGAGUCGCUCUCACGUGCGGGGCGCAGGGAUGAUAUUGCAAACCUUUUGCCCCACAGACAUUAUUGAUAGCUUCUUCUCGGUGGCGCCACAAACUCCAGAUCUGAAGAAGAUCUUCCCCAACAUUGAUCCAAGUCACUUGAAGCGCAACUCAAGCGUGUUCUGGUCAACGCCUCCGCGCUACUCUGAGUUGCCCAAAUACUAGGCAUCAAGAAAGAAUAAUGUUUUCUUUUUACAUUAAGUUAAUUUUCUACUUUGCAAUCAACUUAUAGAUAUUGUUUUUUUCGGCAAUCGCCGUUUUGUGUUUAACCAUUGCUUCAGUUUUAGUUUCGCUACACAAAUCUUUGUACUCAAAAAUAUAUUAAAUAAAUUAUGAGAAGAUAACACUAACAAAAGGCCCACUGACCGCAAAAUGAAAU